CUACAUAAUGAUACUCAACCCAAUCACCCCAAUCUCCAAAAAAUAAUACUAUGACUCUGGUAAUUCUGUUCAAGCGUCCUCGGGUUCUCCAACCCUAAGUCUUCUCUCAAAGAGAGAGAUAAAAAGCACUAUUGACCCCCGACCCUCGCUAGCCUCACUUUUCUCCGUCAAAACUGACGGUAUUUUAUGCUGCUUUAACUAUCAGCGUACUCCUCCACUCAAUUCGCACCCUGCCACCGACCGUAACUACCAAUGGAAUCAGAGACGCCACGCGUUUCAUUCAUCUCCAUCGUAGACUUCUCUGAGGAUGCUCGCUGGCUGUUCCUUACUGAAUCGGUAUCCGACCUGCUAGGCUUUGAACCCCGCGAGUUAAUAGGCCGCCCUGCUUUGGAGCUUGUACAUCCAGACGAGUUCCCUCAAGUAAAGCAGAUGCACUAUGAUACCGUCCGCGAAGACAAAGCCGCUGCUCUCGCAUACCUCCGAUUAAAGCAUAAAGAUCCCUUCAAAGGAUACAUUCUUUGUGCGGUUUCUCGGACCGUCGUGCACAACGUUGUGGUAGGCAGCGUAUCAUUUGCCACACCAGGCGGAAAGGCGCUCCAAAAUGCAUCUACUGCGCAAGAAGUUGAGGUCGUCACACCUUCUGCGAAGAACUUCGAACUAAGGCGGUGGGGCGACCCGUCACCGAUGUCGUCCAGUAAUAUACCCGACCUCUCGUCACCGGCUACAUGCCCUUCCACAGAUAUGGACACUAGUGAUGCGUCAUCAGACCGCAGCCGAAGCAAAAAACCAGCAAUAAUCAGUUUUAAUCACCUACCCACUCAGUCCCCAAGAUCAGCACUCAUCCUCGACCGGUUCUCAAUUCAUUGCACGGUGCUCUACUGUUCCAACGAUCUUCUCCUCUCAACCACGAAGAUUUUGGGUCGGAGUUUCUUCGACUUUGUCACUAGUCGCACAGAACAUAAUGUACGCAGCUGGAUCGAUGUCAUUAAAUCAUGGGGCGUCAACGAUCGAGGACAACCGAGCGACGGCGGCUUCGGUUUUGGUAAAUUCGCGCUGUUACUUGCUGGCAGAGAUUCAAGGGGUGAAAAUGAGCAAGAUACGCCGCUAUCACGGCGCCGAUUCGGAGACGCAAGAAUCAACUGCCGAAUGCCGUCAAACCCACGUUAUGCCUCCCAGUCGUCGCCUGGGACGUCUUCCCGCUCACGGCCACCGUCUUCAACGUCAUCGUCCACCUUUGAUCAGGAAAUUCCCGUUGACGCUAUUUUCUCUGGACACUCGGAUGGAAUUUUACUGAUACUUCGUCCAGCUUCAAAAGCAUGAUUUUAGAACCUAUACCAUGUAUCCAUUGUCUGACCAUUGUCUCGAUACCAUGUUCCCCUUCUCAUUCCUCUGUAGUACGCUUUCACUUACCUUUGCUGUGUUCGUUGCUCUCAUGGUGUAUCAUUUGAAUACGUUUUAGUGUGGUCCAAUUUGGAGUUCAUAACUCA